UUGGUCACUACAAACCCGAAACCUCAAAAUGGGGUUUCUUCACAAACAAAAUAUCUCCUUUGUGAUACUUCUCCUUUUUGGUUUCCUCGCCAUCUCUUACGCUUGUGAAUGUAGUGACCCUCCAAAACCAUCGCCACCUCCACCACCGCACACUCCAUGUCCUCCUUAUAGUACUCCAAAACCACCCACCUCUAAGCCACCGCCACCUCCAACCCCUUCGCCCCUACCACCGUACGUCAAGCCACCGCCACCUCCAACCCCAUCGCCCCCACCGCCGUACGUCAAGCCACCAACACCUCCAACCCAAUCUCCUCCACCACCGUACGUCAAGCCACCGCCACCUCCAACCCCUUCGCCCCUACCGCCGUACGUCAAGCCACCACCACCUCCAACCCCACCGCUCCCACCACCGUACGUCAAGCCACCACCACCUCCAACCCCAUCGCCACCUCCACCGUACGUCAAGCCACCACCACCACCAACCCCAUCGCCCCCACCACCGUACGUCAAGCCACAACCACCACCAACUCCAUCGCCCCCACCACCACACAUCCAGCCACCGCCACCACCAACUCCAUCGCCCCCACCACCAUACGUCAAGCCACCGCCACCCCCAACCCCAUCGCCCCCAACACCAUACGUCAAGCCACCGCCACAGCCAACCCCAUCGCCUCCACCGCCGUGCCCGCCACCACCACCAACCCCAUGUCCUCCUCCACCUCCAGCUCCAACGCCUAAGCCGAAGACUUGCCCAAUCAACGUGCUUAAGCUAGGCGCGUGUGUGGACGUGUUAGGCGGUUUGAUUCACAUUGGACUAGGAAAAGGCUAUGCCAGGGCGAAAUGUUGCCCGGUUCUUGACGGUUUAGUGGGUCUUGAUGCAGCGGUUUGUCUAUGUACCAGCAUUAGAGCUAAGGUUCUCAAUAUUGACCUGGUUAUUCCCAUUGCUCUUGAGCUUCUUAUUGAUUGUGGUAAGACUCCACCGCGUGACUUCAAGUGUCCUGCUCCACAGCAAAGAAAUCCUCUCUUGGGUUGAUUUCUUUGUAUUUCAUUUGAUACGGUGAAAAUUAUUCAAGUUCUCAAGGUUUAUGUUCUUUUUAAUGUUUCAUGAUUGCUGAAUCAGUGGCCAAAAGUAUCUAAAGUUUAUUACUUCUCUAAAUCAAAAGGCAACUUUUAUGUUAUUGUAAGAUUAUUGUACGUUGAAAUAAUGUCAUAUGAAAUU